AUGGAUUAUCUGACGGUGUUAGCCCCUCUUACAAAUGCAGAAGGCAUGGCUAUUGCCUUGCCUGCAACAAAAACCCCUCGUGCUGCUGCAGCAACAGCAUCAUCAGCAGCAGCGUCUGCUGCUGCAGCAGCAGCAACAGCAGCAGCAGCAGCAGCAAAAUCUUCCCCCUCUCUGCAUGCAUUAGUACCUCCUUCCCCUGCAGCAACAGCAUAUGCUAACUCAGAGACGUCAACGCAACCAGAGAGAUCGUUGCUGUCUCUUAGUCCCUUGCUGCUGCCUCUUACACCGCAUAAGCAGCAGCAGCAGCAGCAACAGCAGCAGCAGCAGCAGGUGAGAGAGAGCAAGACAAGCCUGCGGGUGCUGCCUCCUCCUCCUUAUGAGUCGCUGCAUGCAGUAGAAGAGAAGAAGCUGUAUAUUCAUAAAGAUGCAGAAGCAAGAGAGGAUGCAGCAACAGCAGCAGCAGCUGCUGCUGCUGCUGCUGUUGCUGCUACUGCAGCGGCGGGAAAAGUACUCACAAGGCCCUCCUCCUCUACAGGACAUUUGCUGCAGGCACCCCAGCUUCUACCUCCUGCACCAGCAGCAGCAGCAGCAACUGCAGCAGACAAACCCGCAUGGCCUCUUAGCAGCAGCAGCCUUACCACGCAUGCAAGCUGCAGCAGUCUAGCUACCAUAGGCAGCAGCAGCAGCAGCGGGAGCUGCCCACCUCUAGCUUCUGCAGGCAGUCUUGUUUCCCUUUCUGCUGUCGAGCCUCUGCUGCAGCAGCAGCAGCUGCUGCAGCAGCAAAUCGAGAUCCUGCAGCAGCGCCAAGAGUUGCAGCAGAACCAACAGCAGCAACAGCAGCAACAGCAGCCGCAGCAACAAAUCCAUGAAAUUGUGACGCAGCAGAGCAGCAAGCCAUUGGCUAGCUGUGGGGAUCCAAGGAUGUCACCACGGCAGCGGCUGCAGCAGCAGCAGCAACAGCAGCAGCAGCUGGCAGAAGCAGAGCCUCCCUGCUGCAAGCCUCGUGCUGCAGCGCAGCAAACCCGCAGACCUGCAUGGCUUCGAAGACCCGAACCGCAGCAGAGGCAGCAGCUGCAGCAACAGCAGCAACCACAGCAGCAGCAACCGCAGCAGCAGCAGCAGCAAGUGCAGCAACUGCAACUCCAGGAUCAACAGCAAAGCACGCAAGCUCCAGCAACACCGCAGCAGCAGAAGCCACCGCAGCAGCAGCAACAGCAACAGCAACAGCAGCAGCAGCAAGCAACCUUCUUGUGGGGACGCGUGUUGCAGCAGCGCCGCUGCCAGCCAUGGAUAGACCAUAGGAUGCAGGCAGCAGGGCUGCUGCAGAGCAGCAGCACACUCUUGCCGCAGCAGCAACAGCAACAGCAGCAGCAACACAUGGAGCAAGCAGCACCUGGAUCUCCUCUGCUGCUGCCGCAACAGCCGCAGCAGCAGCAGCUGAUGCUGCACCAACGAGCUGCUUCUCUCCCUGUCCCCUUGCGUGCGGCAGACUCUUGCUGCAGUCAUACGCAUGCAGCAGCAUGUGAGCAGCAGCAGCAGCAGCAAAGGGUAUUGCUGAAUCAAGAGGAACCUUGCGGCAUACGGGGAUCGCUAAGUCCUGACCUUGGGCAGUGCUGCUUGCUGCAGCAGCAGCAGCAGCAGCAGCUGUUUCAGCCUGACGACUAUCUAUGCACUCCAACGACGCAGCUGCAGCAGCAGCAGCAGCAGCAGGCUGUUGCAUGCAGCAAUUGCUGCUUAAAGGAUCCCUCGGAUCAGCAACCCUUUGCUCUAAUGAAUUGGCCCUCUCAGCCAUGCUGCUUAGCAGCAGGACAAGCAGCAGCUGCUGCUGCUGCAGCUGCUGCUGUUGCUGCAGCAGAAGCAGCUGCUUAUACACCUCAAGAGCCAAGCUCUUGCCCCUGCUGCUCCCGUUCUGCUGCAGCAGAUGCAGCAGGGCAGCAGCAGCUAGUUCUGCUGCAGUAUAAGGACAUGCUAAGACAGCAACGGCGAAUUAUCUUAGAGCAACAGGAAAAAAUAAUACUGCAGCAGCAGCAAGACUGGCUGCUGCAGCAGCGUCUUGCUUUGCUGGAGCAGCAGCAGCAGCAACAGCAGCAGCAGCAGCAGCUACAAAGAGCUGCUUGUGGAUAUGGUUUCCUUGACGGUGUAAGCGGCGGCGGUUAUCCAUGUGGUUGUUUCUGUGGCAGUGCUGCCAGCAGCAGCUGCUGUUGCAGCAGCUGCAGCAGCAGCAGCAAAGUCAAGGCCUGUUGCUGCAACGAGGAAGCUUACCCCUUGACUCUCGAGGCGCUGCAGCAAGGUGCAGCAGCAGCGUGUAACUGUGACAUAAAUGAAGAACAAAGUCGUGCAGCAGCAGCAGCAACAGAAGCAGCAGCAACAGAAACAACAGCAGCUGCAGCAACAACAGCAGCAGCAGCAGCAGAAGUGAAAUCGGAUGCAGCAAAAGCAGCAGGAGGAUCUCCUAAGUCUCGUCGUCGUAGCCCGGGCAGCAGGACGGAUCACUGCAGCAGCAGCAGCAGCAGCAGCAGCAGCGAAGAAAGUAGCCUCUGCUGCUGCAACAAGCAGCCGUGUGUCUGUACAGAUGAGCUGUGGCUCUCUCGUGCCCUUGGUUGGGGUGUAGCGGGAGCUCGACGGUGGCACAGGAGACUGCGUGGGUGCAGCAGCUGCAGCAGCAGCAGCAGCAGCAGCAGUGGUGGCAGCAGCAGCUGCCGCAGCAGCAGAAGAUCGAUAAAGAGAGAAACAUCCCCACAGUUAGCCAAUGCCCUCCUCCCUUACCCACCUAGAGACAGUAGCAGCAGCAACAGCAGCAGCAGGGGUUAUCGUCGUGGUGUAAAUAGCAAAACCAACAGCAGCAGCAGCAGCAGCAGCAGCAGCAAGGAGACAGUCUAUAUUGCUCCCUCUGUUCUUCGCUGUCUUAAGACAAGACUUAAGAUUAGACAAAAGGCCCUCGUUAGUUGUCUCCGUAUGAGGUCUAAAUUCUUACAGGCAGCAGAUAGAGCACUGCAGCAGCAGCAGCAGCAGCAGCAGCAGCAGCAGCAGGGUAACACCAGCAGCAGCAACAGCAACAGCAACAGCAACAGCAGCAGCAGCAGCAGCAGCAAAGGGACUAUCGGUACAAUUGAUGUGGAGGCGUGGCUGUUAAGAGCGCAGCAUUGCUGUCAGCAAGAAGAAGCAAUGCUUAUGGAUAUGUUAGCUAAGCAGCAUAAGAGACGACUUAGAUAG